CGCGUGUGUGUACGUGUGUACGUGCCUGUCGCCUCGUCGCUCCACAGAGACCUGAGCUGUGUGACAGGUGCGUCGGACCGCAAUCAGCCUCAGUGUCAGAGAAGAAACAGGAGAAAAAAUGCCCACCUUCUUUCAACUGCUCUGGAAGAGAAAAGAACUGAUGCCUCUGGUAGCGUUUGUUAGUUUUGCUGGAUUUGGAGCCGUUGCUGCUUCCGUCUAUUUCCUCUUUACCAAACCUGAUGUGAUCUUGAAUAAGAGUGCUAACCCAGAACCAUGGGAGAGAGUGGAUCCAUCAAAACCCCAAAAGCUCAUCACCAUCAAUCAGCAGUGGAAGCCAGUGGAGGAGCUGGAGCUGCUCAAGAAACUCAGCAAGUAAAAGGCCCGGGACCUGCCGUCCUUGCUGCUCCCCCCAUCAGUCUAACAGAAUCCUUUCUGCACAGGCUAGGACGCGUUGACAUUCAGUGUGCGGAAAUGCUUCUGCUCCACUGGUGGGGUUUCACUCUGAUGUGUCACGGCCCCACCCAAUGACGUCACCACUGACAUCCAUAGCAACAGAUGCCGCUGACAGCCGACACCACCAGUGUGAAUACAGCGAGACAGCGGGUGUGGUAGCCGUCGCAACAAUACUCUCGUCUUCUGUGUCUGUACGCUCUAAAAAUGACAACUAUAACAUAUUCAUGUAUAUUUAUUAUUCCUGUGUUUUAAUUUGAUUACUUUGUCCAUUUUAAGAGAGUAUUUCCACAUUUAAGAUUUUUUUUAUAUAAUAACUAAAAGCACCAUGUCGUCUAGCUUUGAGCAUCACAAAGCGUUUCUUGGCUGUGAUUUUUGUUGAAAUGCUUAAAACUUAAAAGGAAAAAAAUAUAUAUAUAUUUUUAACUGAACGUUGAUUUUCUGUUCCAGGCUUGAAAAAAAUAACACACAAAAAACCCUUUAUGCCAGCUUUUGUGAAAACGGUUUGUCCUUUGUGAGAUUUGUAAAAUGUAGCAUUUCCUUUGCUUGUUAUCCCUUCAAAAAUGCAUCUGCUGGUGUAAUAAAUAUUCUUAUACAUGAGUCGUCUGACUAAAAGA